GCUGAAAAUUUUGCAAAAUUCAAGCUUGAGGUCUUUUUGUUUUCAACCAGAUCUGUUUAUGUUGAAGCUUCAAUAAGAUCAUUAGCUUCUUUUUUUGAAUUGGAUUGCAAUGGAUUUGGAUGAUUUCAGAUCAGUCCUUGAAACAGCUGAUGUUGAUGUGUGGACAUUGAUUGAUACAGCAAUUCUGGCAGCUUCUUUAGAUCACGGCCAAGAAUUGAAGCAAAGGAGAGAUGGCAUUGUGGAGAGACUCUAUGCUACUUCCAUUGUUAAUGGGUGUAAAACCUGUGAUUUUGGUGAGAGAUCAAAUGGAUUUCCAGUUAAUAAAGAAGGCAGCCUCCAUGAAAGUAAAGGUGGAGAAGGACGAAAAGGGUCACCUUCAAAACCUCAAUCGGAUAAUGAAGAUGACGACGUCGACGUGGACCCCUGUGGAGGCUUGUUUGAUGAUGAACAAAAAAGUGUUCUUGAAAUCAAGGAGCUCCUUGAAGCACCUGACCAGUGUGAAGAUUCUUUGAUUGAUUUGCUUCAAAGCUUGGCAGAUAUGGAUAUAACAUUUCAAGCUCUCAAGGAAACUGAUAUUGGGAGACAUGUGAACAAAUUUAGGAAGCAUUCAUCAAAUGAAGUUAGGAAAAUAGUGAAGCUACUUGUCAGGAAAUGGAAAGAGAUUGUAGAUAAAUGGGUAAUGGUUAAUCAGCCUGGAGAACUUGAAUCUGCUGCCCUAAUGGAUGGGGAUUCACCACAGGAAAAGCUUCCUCAAAAUGGUGGUCAACAGGUUCCUGAUUUGGUGUACUCUCCAAAUCCGCAAAAUGGGAGUAGUGCCUUAGAUAAGAAUAAUUCAGAACCUGAAAGGAAGUUAAAGCCACUCUCACAUCAUAAAGAUCCUCCACAAAAUGUGCAGAGACACAAAGAGCAGAAAGAAAGCAAAUUCGACACCGAGAAGCUGGCUUCUGCAAGGAAAAGGCUUCAAGAAAGUUAUAAAGAAGCUCAGAAUGCCAAAAAGCAAAGAACUGUGCAAGUGAUGGACAUUCAUGAGCUACCAAAAGGUCCAAAACCCAAGAAUGCCUUGUUUGCAAAAAACAAGGCAAGUGGUUCUCAAGGGAGGCACUGGUGAGUGAUUGGCUUAAGCACAUCACACUUCAG